AUGUUCGUUCGUUGGUUGAUACUGAUAAUACCUAUUGGUGCAAUUUAUUUUCAAUAUGUUUAUUCCGAGCGGCUUGUAGGUGGAUUGCAAAAAAGUUCUAGCAAUGAAUUAAAGACUGAAAUGGUGAAUUUAGCACGUCAACAAUUAAGUUCAAAUCCUCAUUUAGCUUCUAAACGUAUUCGAGUACUUGAUUUGUAUACACAAAUAGUUGCUGGUACCAAUAUAUGGUUAACAUUUAUCGUUGGUGAAAAACAAAACUGUACAUUAACCGCUUUCAAACCAUUACCUUAUACUAAGAAACCUAUUGAAGUAAUAUAUUUUGCAUGUAACAAUAUCACAUCUAUUAAUGACGCUGCUAAAUAUAAUUAUUAA